AUGGCUGAUCUCAAAGAAAUAAUUGCCUUGCUGGAUAGCAAUGUCAGUGACUUGAGAAUUUUAAAAGAAAAAGCCCGUCAAGUUACAAAACUUUUCUGGUUUUAUUGGAUCUUGUGCAUGAUUGUUGCAUUUUGCGGAUGUGUUAUUCCUUGGAUUAAUUACUUUCAAAAUCCUGAACCGCCUUACAUGGUUCCAGUUCCGACAUGGUCACCAUUUAAUCACGAACAAAACAUUUUUGGGUUCGUCAUUGUCACAAUUUAUGAAACAUUAGCUGCAGCAGUAUAUUGUGGGGAGCACAUUGCUGGAGAUAUCCUACCAGUUUAUUUCUUUAACGUCAGCAGUGGAUUGCUACAAGAACUUAAUAAAAGAGUUACUAAUAUCGGAAAGAAACGACAACGCUCAAUGAAGAGCAAGAAAGUAAAGCAAGAUGAAAAUUUCCUGGAGCUUUUGAAGUGUAUCGAAAUUCACAGCAAAGUUAAAAGUUUACUUCAUGAAAUUGAAAACAUUUUCAGUAUCAUGGUUCUUAUUCCAUUUGUCGUGGGUGGAAUAAUAAUGUGUACAACGGGCUUUACAUUGUCCAAGAUUUCGAUGAUGGAGGAACCUUCUUCGUUCAUAUUCAUGUUCACUUACUUAAUUACUACGAUCAUGGUAAUAUUUCUGCCAUGCUACUUUGGAAAUGAAGUUUUGUUGGCAUCUCAAGAGUUUUCAACGAGUCUUUUUCAUAGUGAUUGGAUUGAAGAGAAUAAAAAUUUCAAAACGGCAAUGAAAAUGGUCUUGGAAAACACAAAGAAGCCAAUAGAGAUCACGGUAGCUCAAGGAGUGUUUCCUGUAAACUUAUUGACUUUUUUGAGAAUUAUUAACUCAGCUUACUCUUUUUAUGCAGUUUUGCAAAGCAUUAACUAG